UAUUCGCGAUUGCGGCCAUAUCACAGAGAACUGAAUUGAUAAGGUUAACGAAGUUUUGAAAAAAAAACCACAAUGUACUUUUCGUAAGCUACUGAAAUGUGCUACUUGUCAAAAAACAGUUGAAUUAUUCCGCGGUUAAAUGAAUAAUCUAGUGAAACAAUCAUGCUGUGAACUGUCGGGUGUCAGACGUUUCUCUUCGAUUCCUUGCUUUUGACGUGUAAAAUGGAUUACAAUAUAGACUGGAUCAUUCCAGCCUUACGUAAACCAACUAUACCAAGGUUUUUAUGGAGAAUUUGCAGCUCUAUAACGGUGACCGCUGUCGGAUGUCUUAGUAAAUUAUUCAUUAGAUUUUUAAACAAACCGAAGAUCUAUAAUACAGAGCCUUUACAUCAUGCGUUGCAAAAAAGACCUCUAUCAGUACCUUUGAUUACAGUUUCGAAUCAUCAUUCGUGUUUCGACGAUCCUGGAAUAUGGGUCAUGUUGAAAUGGCGUACCUUGUUAUGUAAUAGAAGAUUGAGAUGGUCUCUAACCGCCCAUGAUAUCUGCUUUACGAAUAGCUUUCACUCGUAUUUCUUCAUGUCAGGACAAUGUAUUCCAGUCGUACGAGGCAAAGGAGUAUUUCAAGAAGCUGUCGAUUAUUGUGUAGAGCUAUUAGCCAGAGGAGAAUGGCUACACGUGUUUCCCGAGGGUAAAGUCAAUAUGACGAAAGAAUUUCUACGUUUGAAAUGGGGUAUAGGUCGUAUAAUUUACGAAUGUCCUGUAAUACCCAUUGUAAUACCGAUCUGGCAUGUCGGAAUGGAAGAAAUACUUCCCAACUACCCGCCAUAUUAUUUAAGAACUGGUAAAAAAGUAACAAUCAACGUCGGCGAUCCGAUCGAUUUAAAAGAUAUCCUUUUAAAACUGAAAGAAGACAAAGUAUCUGACGAAACGGCCAGAAAAGUCAUCACCGACCGGAUUCAAAACGAAUUGUACAAGUUAAAAGAGGCCACCGAAGAAUUACACAAGAAUCAUAACUCUUGACGAAGAAACCAACCGCGUAUCGGCGGUAAAUUUACGUAUUCGUCGAACGAUUGAAUCUUAUAUAGUUAUUUCUACACUGCGGAGAAGAUUGGUCAGUGAAUUAUAAUCCAAUUUUUGUUCUAGUAUUUAAACAAAAAAAAAAACAAAAACAAAAAAUUAAAAAACCGAUGGUGCAAUUCUAUGGUAUUAGCGAUCGUUGAAAAAUUCUUGUAGUUCAUUUCCUAAAUGCUUUCCCACGUUAUCGCUUGAUAGAAUCUUUUUGUUUUCUUUCGAAAUUUUAAUCUCUUAUUGAAUAAUUUUCUCUUUAUGCUUAAGAGUUAUGAAAUCAAAGACUGGUUAGCAUAAUUUGCAUUUAAAAAUGUGAAAAAUUAACAAAAAAAAAAUUCUGUAGGAUAAUUUAUAAAAAUAUUGGUUAAGGGUUAGGUAAAUAAAAGCGAAACGCGAAGGGUAUUUUUAAACAAAUUUUCAGUGAAAUGAUUGGGUACUUAGUACGUUGAUAUGUGAAGAAAAAAAACUUGCAGUUGUUGUUGUUGAAUUGUUAUUAUUGUUUAAUAAGGUGUUAUUAGUAUUUUAUUAUUUUAUUUUCAAACUGUUCGGAUUCUUUUGAUUUUUCAACACGUUCAAAUACGAAAAAACCUGCGACAAAAAAUAAAUAAUUAUCACUCGUCUUGAAUACACGAUCGUCGAUGUUUAUAAGUUUAAAAUUAACUCUUACGAAGUCGUUAUUUUAACGAUAUAAUGAAUGGUUCUUAACGAGUAAUUUUUCUGUUUCCGUUAUUUCGUUAAUUUUAGUUAUUUUUUUUCCUUCGUUGUUAACGUCAUAAUAACGGUCAAGUUCAACUUAAUAGAAUCAGAUUAUUCCGACAGCUGAGGCUUAUAGACAAAGCUGCUAUCAUAAUUCAUAAUUUUCCUAAUCAAUCGACAUUGAACGAAGUGCAUACGUAUUUAAAAUACGAGUAAUUUCUACCACGGUGCAUUUUCUUUAUACGUACGUAUUGUUUUUAACUCGCCUUGAUUUCGUAUGAAUGAUUCGUAUUUAGCAAUAUUUUCACUUUAUAUAAUGUGUUCAAAUAUUUACUUAACUUUCGAAAUUUUGAGCUAAAAUACAGAAUAUCAAAUUUGCAACUUUCAACCGAACGUAUCGACUGUAAAAUAAUUAAUAAUAUAUACGUAAUUUCUGUGAUUGCUGCGCAGUUAUCCACACAGUUGCGUAGAAAUUUCGUUUUUUUGAUCAUCGUCGAUAUCUAAUUUCGCUUCGAAAAAUACAUCACAAUUGCUUUCAACUACACAAAAGAAUUAUACCAUCGUAAUUUAUCUAAGAAACGACUUAAUUCCAGUGUAAUUUUCCACUUUAACGGUGCGUUGGGAAAUGUAAGUGUACCAUGUUUCCCAAUCACGUAUAAAUUCCAUACAAGAUUUGCUACAAUCGUCAGUAGACGACGAAUUGUUACUGCGAACCAUUGUUAAAUCUUACCAGGGUAUUAAAUUUCAAUAAGUUUUUUUUUGUGUGUGUUUCUAUUGUUUGUAUUUCGUUAUUUAGGAUAAAUUAUUAUUAAAGUAUUUUUAUGUAAGGGUUGUAAGGAGUUAGCUGUCGUGCUCUUGUUUAUUAUACUAUUUUAAACGUAUUUAUAGACAAAUUUUUAUCAUCAAACGAAAUAGUUACCAAGUUGGCAACGCGCGCGAAGACGCGUGAUAUCGCACAAAACAUAAUUUUUUUUCUUUCUUCGUUCUUCUUAUGCCAAAUUACGUUUAUGAAAUAUAUUUAGUAUUGUAAAUACCUACCCCGUCUAUAUUGAUUGUGUAUUAAGUAUUUAUACUUAAUGAAUAUGGAAAGUGUGCUCAUAAAGCAUUUACAAUGUAGUUGUUUUUCUCUUCGACGUACCUCUACCUGCGUUUAUAUAGGUUGUAAAUUGUCGUUGGACGAAGUUACACGCACGAGAUCGAAGUAAUAUUUAAUUGGAUAGUAAUUACGUUGAAAAAAAUUUUUAAAUGGUAUAAAUAAAUUGAAUAAAUCGUGUUUUCGAGCUUAA